AUGAUCUGGCUCAUAAGGAACCUACCACGUAGAACACCACGAAACUCUGCUGGAAAUGUUAUUUCUCUUUUAGAGUAUUUUUUGUCUAUGGAUGAGACAAACUUCUGGAUGGUGAUGGACCGUUGUCCCGAGUGUACGAGCAAUCUCCUUAUCAUCGCGCGUGACCGGCAUUUGCAGAGGAAAGCUAAUCGUUUAGCCAAUAUGAUCGCCCAAGAAGAUGUUUUAGAAAUAGAAGGGGGCAAAGAAAAAUGUUUUCCCUACUGGAGUGAGGAGGAACAAUCGUCGUUGAACUUCCAAAAGUUUAAGGUGACUACUACUAAAAUCGAACGUUUCCCUCAUUACGUUAAGACGACAUUGCUCUUAACAGACUGA